CCCAGUGCACAUACCACACGCCAUCAGCGCGUAAGCGCACUCGUGGCGGGGCCGCCGCCCAGUCCCAGCUCAGCCUCCCCCGGAUCUCCGCCGCCCAUACUCAGGAACCCCUCUCCAUUCCCAUCCCUCCCUCCUUUCUCUCUCGUGUCAUGGAUCCAUGGAAGCCAUCGGACGCCUUCUUUCAGCCCCCGCCUUCCGUUCCUCUCACCACCUCCGGGUUCCACACCUCCUGCGCUGAUCUCCGACCCUCUUCCGACCAACAACAGCCGGGUUCGAGUUGUCAAAAGAUUGAACAAGAAAACAAAGAUACUAUUUCUGCACGGAAAGUUCAGAAAGCUGAUCGGGAAAAACUAAGGAGGGACAAACUAAAUGAACAAUUUUCAGAACUGGGUAACACACUAGACCCAGAUCGACCCAAGAAUGACAAGGCAACCAUCCUCACUGAUGCAAUCCAAGUGCUGAAGGACUUGACUGCUCAAGUGAACAGAAUGAAAGUUGAACAUGCAUCUCUAUGUGAUGAGUCACAAGAGUUGAUACAAGAGAAGAAUGAGCUCAGAGAAGAGAAAGCAACUUUGAAAGCAGAUAUAGAUAAUCUGAAUGCUCAAUAUCAUCAAAGGCUCAGGGCUCUGUUUCCAUGGGCUGCUAUGGAUCCUUCAGUCGUUAUGGGCCCACCUCCUCCGUAUUCAUUCCCAAUGCCAGUUCCAAUGGCUUCUGGUCCAUUCCCGGUCCAUCCAACACCACCAUACCACUUCUUUAGAAAUCAAAAUCCUGGAACUAUAUCCAUUCCUUAUUCCAUGUAUACGCCAUAUUCUUCUUCCUUUGCUAAUGCUCAGGUUGACCCAUCAUCUAACCAUCGACGCACUCCUCAUCAUCACGCAAGCAGCAAUAAUUCUCAUACCACUAGUGCACAGGAUUCUAAGAAAAAGACGUCCAAUGAUCAGCGGCAAAAUUGCAAUGAAAGAAGUGAUGACUUUAGUGAUGUUGCCACUGAGUUGGAGCUUAAGACUCCUGGAUCUUCUGUGCCUUCCGCGCAUUCAGAAGCAGCGAAGGAUCAGGACCCAAGUCCUGAAGAGGGUAAGAGAAGGAAACAGUGGUCAGGAUCUGUUCAUCCAAAAGUCAAUAUUGUUACCGAAGCGACCAGCUCAAGCAUGUGUUCUUCCUCUGUCUUGCCUGAUAGUUCCUGCACUAGUGCUGGCGAUGAGAUGGUCACUGAUAACCGAUAAACUUCAAACUGAUGCCAUUUGACAGCCUCAUACCAUAGAAUGUACAGUAUGAUGACCAUUCCCACAUACACAGGUUCUGUUAAUGGGGACAACUAUAGCAUAAGAAGUAUAGAUAAAAAAGAUGGUCCAAUUUGAUUGAACUGCUGUGAUAAUAAGUCACUGCUGGUUGGAUGUGGCGGGAUUAUGUGAUGGUGCUGCUUACCAGCUCAAGUCAUGCCAUGUAGAACUUUUCUAAUUAUAUCUGUAGACUCAUGUAUGACUUUCAAUGGUGAAAAUGCUAAUAUUAAUUACA